UGCAGCUGCUACAGUGUCCUCGUCCUGCACUGUUCAUCACUGGAGCCGGUGGAAGUGUCCCCCGCUCCCCUCUCGCAUCGCCAUAACGUUUUAGGCCAGAAACGCCCCUUAAAUAUGCAGUCGCCGAUGCAAACUGACUAUGCUUAAUCAUACUACUUCUAAUUUCAGGUUUCUUUCCUCCCCCGUCUUGACUUCCCUUCCUGGUCCAGUCCCGAAGAACAAAGAAGGGCGUGGAAACAGUAGCAUGCACUGCAUAUUAAUGGCAGACGCGUCAAUAAUCCAUCUUGUGCUCAAUGGAAUCAGUAAAUGGCUGCAUUGGUGACGCUCUUGCUCUACACGCAGAUUCUUUGUUCGCUGGCUUAUCAUGGUCUUAACAUUCAAAUUUGUAUAGAUCACGUGAUAUGAGAGAUGAGUGUCUAGUUUAAAAUUCAACUUUCUGACUGCCUGCCUGCCUGCCUAUAUAUCUCCACUCACACCCUUCCGUUUUUUUUUUUUUUCUCCCCUCCCUACAGUGUGUGUGUGUGUGUGUGUGUGUGUGGCCCGUAUAACAAGUACAACUAAACUUAAUAUUAUAAAUAGUUACAUAACUCACACUUGUUACGUUACUCCAUCAACAUCAACUUAUCUUGAUCUUCCCUCUUUGCCCUGAUCUGCUCGCCAGACUAUGUUAUCAUAGGUCUGGGAACAAUAUUACAAGGUAACAAAAUAUCCAAAAAUAAAUUCUUCAAUAUAUAAAAGCUACAAAUUAUCUUAAGGAUAUAACCCACGUUAUUUUGAAGCUUAGACUUAUACAUAUUCACAUAAGACCAAAGACAACAAGCCUAAUGUAGUAAUAAAAGUACCCAUUUAGUCAUUUAUUUAAUGCCAUGACGGAAUCCACACGCCAAGUAAAUUUUCGGUAAGCCGCGUCCCGAAAAUCUCAAGCGAAGCCGCCUUUGACAAUUCUUAAAACCUUGUGAAAUUACAUGUUACUUAUUAUCCAGGCUUCUAAUGACUCUACCAACACACACAACUGUAACAGCCUUACGGCCACAUGGGAAAUUAUCGCUUUGGUGCUUCAAAACUAUAAUUUCAGUCUUCUUUACUUCCAGGUAAGGAAGCCGCCCCCCUCCCUCCCCUCCCAGUACCCCUACCCAAGAAACAAGCAGAAUACAAGUUUCAGCCCAAAACGCCUAUGGAAUGCGUGACUAGGCCGUGUUCUAAUGCGUGGGUGACUGCUGACCACAAUACACAAGUGAUACAGUAGAAGUAGAAGCAGCAAGAGCAACAGCAGCGGCAGCAUGGGGGCUGAAGGCAGCAAGAAGGUGGUGAGAGAACAGAAGGAAUACUUCUCUCCUGAGGAGCGGCAGAGUGUUCUGGCUGUGGCACAGAAGCUGGCCGGGAGUAACGGCAAUAUUACUUUACCAACACUGGAGAAACAUAUAGCCAAGUGGUAUAGCCCAGAAAUUGCAUCACGGUUCAUCAAGGUGUUUCUAAGAGGCAAAACCCCCACACCAACAUCCCUCACCUGCCAGAUGCUGGUGGACACUCUCGGGCCACUGACCAAGGGCACUCUGGAGCAGCACCUGUACCUCACCCUCACGCUGGCAGGGGGAGAUCAAGCCGGGGUUGAUAGUGAUAGCAUUAUUAAGUACUUGGAGGUGAUCCUUGGUGCCUACCUGAAGAUGGUGCUGGGAGGAGCUGGGUGCCGUGGCUGGAGCUGUGGGUCGGGACACAAGAGCAUUGGACACGUGUGUCGUGCUGUGCUGCAUGACCUGCUACAUGCUGGUGCUUCCUUCAAGGAGACAUGGAGAAAGCCGCCCCCAAAAGCACAAUAUUCCUAUGAGGUAUUUGAGCAGUGGUACCUUGGCCACUCACUAUUCACCACCCUGGAAACAGAGGUGGUGGGAGGCUGCUUCUCAGUCUCCACUGCUGGCCCUACCAAUCUCCUGCCCCAGCCGUCUCUGGUGCCUAAGACGUUCCCAAACUUGCUAUCUGCUGCCCAGGUGCUCUUCCUCAACAGUUCCCUCCCAACAACACUCCAAACUGAGUGGCGCUUCCUCUUUUCCACGACCACUCAUGGCUGGAGCUUCAGCAUAUUCAUGAAGCAGAUUGUAGGCAAAGGACCCACACUGCUCAUUGUGGAGGACCAGUCAGGCAACAAGUUUGGUGGCUUUGCAUCUGUGUCCUGGGGAGUGAAGCCACAGUUUCAAGGUACACCCGAAUGUUUUUUGUUUGCACUGGAACCUCAGAUAGGUGUGUUCCACUCCACUGGGUACAACACUAACUUCAUGUACCUCAACUACUUGGAGAAGAAUACAAUGCCCAAUGGCCUGGGCAUGGGAGGCAGGGAGGAGCUGUUUGGAUUAUGGCUUGAUUAUGACUUUGGCAAGGGCAGUGUGUCCCCAAGCUGCACCACCUUCCGCAGUCCUCAGCUCUCCCCCAACCAACAACUGGAGAUCAAAUCCAUAGAGGUGUGGGCUGUGGGGCCAGAGGAGGAGGACUCAGAUGAUGAGGACCAGAAGAAGAGUGCACUUGACAGGAACCCUGAGGCCAGUGCCAUGCUAGAGAUGAUGGGCAAGGGCCGGGUCAGUGAAGGCCUCAGGGAGGAGGACAAGGACUAGCCGCGCUACUGUUGCCUUCCUCACACAGCCUCCACAACCUGCAACGCUACAUCCCGUCCCUGUUGAUGGAGCAGUGGAGGCAAGUCACAGAACCCUGGUGACUCGUGACGAUCUGACAGUGCAUCCAUUCCAGUACAGUGAAUGUCCUCUGUAGUCCUUUUGUCUGUCUUGUAGUAUCUUGUAGACUCAGGUGGGUUGGGCAAACAAAUUAUUUGAGGGAAGGGUUGGGAUCUAGUCAGUCAGAACCAAUUGACCACAGUCUGUCUUAUCGCCAAGGGGAACUGUUAGAUUAAGUGGAUAUUGACAUCACACCGGCAACUGACACAUAAGAGAAAGUGUUUGAUAAUAAGUUGAUGUUAAUUUUUUUUAAGUGUUUUCUCUCAGCACCUGUAGUACCAGCACUCAAAAUCAUCCAGCAGGGUAUGGACUUGCUGUUGUUGGUGUGAGCUACUUGGGAUUCUGCCACUCAUGAUCCAAGUAGCCGUGUGUGGUGCAGUUAUAAGUAGAAUGAUGCAAAGCCUUCAAAAUGUGCUGGUGUAUAGAGUUGUCAUUUAUAAAUUUAAUCAUUGAUCUUGUGGGUUUGAAGAGCAUGAAUGUAUGGAGUGAGCCAGGCAUGAUGAACUAUUCCAUUUGCAAUACUAAAAUAUUCCCUAUGCCAUAACUGUUGCCAUAUUGUUGUUUAUUAUGUUUAUGUACAAAGGCUGAAGUUUGCUUAUGUGAUAUAAAAAUGAGACUGCAGCAUACAUGUGGUAUGUGCAGGAUUAGUUAGCAAAGAGAGACAGCAAGGUCUUGCAAAAUGUGAAUAUCAUUAAAUGGCUCCAGCUUAAAAAUAAAUUUCAAUUGUAUUUAACUAAAAAAAAAAACACUGAUGUAUCCCAAGUGGGCAUUAUGCAGGGCAUGAUACUUAUCUCUUAGACAAUGACUCAACACACACACUAUUUGGAACGUGAGGGAGUGAUGCAGGUCUUCAGUUGAUACUAGUGUUGAGUUUAACAUCCAAAACCAUUGUAGUCAUUGUGAUUUAAUUUUGAUGGUAAUUUUGUGUACUAAUUUAAGAUUAUAGAUGAUUGUACAUUCCUAAUGUAGUGUUUGUCUUAGUUAUAGCUCUAGAAAAGAAUGAGUAAGACCCAGAGAAAACAAAAACAAGUCCUAUCUUUGUCACUCCCAAUGACAAUGUGUUAAGUGCUGACUUCGGCACAUCAGUCUUUUCUCACUGAUUGCCUCCUUAACCAGCCUCACCUGAUAACAAAACUCUAUACACUGAAGAUUGAAAGGAAGUGCACACACAGUGUGCCCUUAAUUAAUUGUAAAGAAAUGUGCUAUGGCUUAUUAUCUGAAUAUUUCAGGGAAAGCCUUCCACAUUCUUGCACAGAAAACUUUGUGUAAUUAAAAUAAAAAAAAGGCUAGCAAAAAAAUAACCUCACUAACAAUAUGUGGUAGAGUGAUGGAAUGAAGAAGAAUUGUAGUAUAAUUGAAGCAUUAAAUUAGCACUGGCAAGAUUAGUGGCAGUUUUACAGGUAAAGUAGCUUUGUAAACCUGAGUGACCAAGUGAACCAAACCAGGCAGCAGACACUGCCAAAAAACAAAGCUUGACGCAGGCCAAAGAUAACCAAAUUUCAUCUAGUCAUUCAUCUCAAAAAAAUACUAAUGACGCACAAUUAGUUAAUACAUUAUUUAAAGUGAACAUAUUUUCACACUUGGACACUCAGUCAUCAUACAAAUAAGAACUCCUUUUUGUGAAUCAGUGUAUAUAGGAAAAGCAUAUUUUUGCAAUAAAGAAUUAAGUUGGA